AAAUAACACUACAGACUAGAGUAAACAUUAUUUACAAGUUUUUAUUGCAAUAUAAUAUAGUUUCAAGGUUAAAAGGGAGGAAUGUAUUUACAGCUUACUGUUUACAUUAUCGGAUAGCCUUAUUAGUGGAAUCUUUCACGUUACUGAUAAAUAGUCUUAAAUCCAUAAUAUGAUAUAAUUUCGCGUAAUUUAGCCGUGGAAUUAACUGAUGAAGAUAGUUUGGACUUUGUGUCCUAAAAUUUAAGACAAUUUCAAUAGCGACUUUAAUGGCUAUACAUGAUCUAGCAUGGAUACAAAUUUAAAGCUAAGUGUGCGAAUUAUUAAGCGUGAUUCCGGGAAGGCGGUAUUUUAUAAACAUGAUGGUCAGAGGUUCGAACAAACUCAUACAGUGAAAAUGAACGCUGACAAGGAAUAUGAUAUCAUGUUUACGCUGAAUCCGGCGAUGGGUAUCGAAAAACUAUUACUAAAUGGAGAAGCUCAUAAAAUAGAUCGUUGUCAUGACAACAAUGACGAAUACGAGGACACGAGGACUUACGUCACACACUAUGAGACAGUGGGCGUUGACGUUUGCAGACGAGGCAAGCGGAGGGAGCUACUUUUUGUACUAGAGCUAGAAAACGGUGUUUACAUGAAACUGAGUGUACAGUGUAAGGUAUAUAAAUUCGGGGAGACCACUCACUGCAGCUGGGGUCAGCAGUUAGCCGGAAUAGAGCUGGAUUGUAAAAUUGAGAAAGGUCAAAAUUAUGUCAACAUAUUACAUGAAAAGUAUUUCUGAAGCAAUAACAUUUUGAUUAUUAAGAACUAAAUUGUUAAUCUACAAUUCCACAGUUUCUCUCGUGGCACUUAUCAAUGUGAUAUGCUAAGAUGUGAAGUUGUCGAACUAAAAAUGGAGUACAAAAAG